AUGGGCUGGCUCAGCUCAACCCGGCAGGACUUGUUUACUAUGGCCGAUGAUCUGGACCAGCAGCCUCAAGGCUGGCUGAGCAGCUGGCUGCCCACUUGGCGCCCCACUUCCAUGUCUCAACUGAAGAAUGUAGAAGCCAGGAUCCUCCAGUGCCUCCAGAACAAGUUCCUGGCUCGAUAUGUGUCCCUCCCAAACCAGAACAAGAUCUGGACAGUGACAGUGAGCCCUGAGCUCAGGGACCGCACCCCACUGGUGAUGGUGCAUGGCUUCGGGGGCGGCGUGGGCCUCUGGAUCCUCAACAUGGAUUCACUGAGCACCCGCCGCACGCUACACACCUUCGAUCUGCUAGGCUUUGGGCGAAGCUCGAGGCCAAUGUUCCCGAGGGAUCCAGAGGGGGCCGAGGACGAGUUUGUGACCUCAAUAGAAACGUGGCGGGAGAGCAUGGGAAUCCCCAGUAUGAUUCUCCUAGGGCACAGUCUGGGAGGAUUCCUGGCCACUUCCUACUCGAUCAAGUACCCUGACAGAGUUAAACACCUCAUCCUGGUGGACCCAUGGGGCUUUCCCCUCCGACCAACUGACCCCAGUCAGAUCCGUGCACCCCCGACCUGGGUCAAGGCUGUGGUCUCUGUCCUAGGGCGUUCCAAUCCACUGGCUGUUCUUCGAGUCGCUGGGCCCUGGGGGCCCGGCCUGGUACAGCGAUUCCGACCGGACUUCAAGCGCAAGUUUGCAGACUUCUUUGAUGAUGAUACUAUAUCAGAGUAUAUCUACCACUGCAAUGCACAGAAUCCCAGUGGGGAGACGGCAUUCAAAGCCAUGAUGGAGUCCUUCGGCUGGGCCCGGCGCCCCAUGUUAGAGCGAAUUCACUUGAUUCGAAAAGAUGUGCCCAUCACCAUGAUCUAUGGGGCCAACACCUGGAUAGACACCAGCACAGGGAAAAAGGUGAAGCUGCAGCGGCCGGAUUCCUACGUCCGAGACUUGGAGAUCGAGGGUGCCUCGCAUCACGUGUAUGCAGACCAGCCGCACAUCUUCAACGCGGUGGUGGAGGAGAUCUGCGACUCAGUCGAUUGA